AUGGAUCCAAUAACGAAAUGGACAUGCGGCCCAACUGUUGUGAAAAAUCCCAGUUUAAUCAAAAGACUACAUGUUUAUGAUUUUGAUAAUACGCUAUUUAAAUCUCCCUGGACUAACAAAUCUUUAUACAUUUAUCCAACAUUACAAACGUUAUUAGAUAACACUUGUUUUCUAACUGGAGGUUGGUGGGAUGAUCCUAUUCCAUUUGAAUUAAUAUUAAAAUUAGCCGGAACAGACACCUCCACGAAUGCAACACCAACGACAAAUAAUAGUAAUAGUAGUAGUAAUAUUGCUGCUAAUAAAUGUAAGUCUACUUUAAUUAAUUAUUGGAAUCAUGAUAUGUUAAAAUUGUCUAAAUUAUCGAAUGAACAAAAAGACACAAUAAGUAUAAUAUUGACUGGGCGUAAGAAUAAUAUUUUCAAAGACAUCAUAUUAAAAAUUAUCGAGUUGUCAAAAUUGGAAGAUCCACUUUUUUUAAAACCAAGUUUACAAUUUGAUGCAAUUUGUCUUAAAAAAUCUAUAAAAGAUUCACCAUGGACCACCACAAUGAUGUAUAAGAUUGCUGUACUUCGUGAUUUUUUAGAAUAUUACCCAAAUUUGGAAGAAAUUACUAUAUAUGAUGAUAGAAUGAAUCAAGUCAAUGGAUUUAAUAGAUUCUUUAAUGAUAUUAAAGUCACAUUCCCUAAAUUACAAUGGUUUGUAAUUCCUGUUGAACCCAAAUUUACUAGAUUCCCACAAUAUAUUGAAUUUUUAUAUUUCCAAACUGUUAUACAAAGACAUAACAAGAUCCUAAGAUCGUUACCAGAUAAAGGACAAUAUUAUUAUUAUAAGUUACAAUGGACAAAAUUCACAUAUGGCUAUUUCCUUAAAUUAGAAUCAUACCAAUUUUUGAUUAAAAGAAUUGAAAAAAAUCUGACAGAUAAAUUAAUUGGUAAGAUGAAUGAUAAAUCCGAUUACAGUAUAGACAUUGUCAACCUUUUUGAUUAUCCAUGCUAUAUUCCAUGCCAAUUACCAAAAGGUAAAUAUUUAUCAAAUGAAAUACUGUAUCGUAUUAUAACACAUAAUAAAAAUCCAAAUGUACCUCAAAAAACCAUGAAUUCAGUGGUAUCUAAUUAUUUGCAGGUCUCUACUGACCCAUAUACAGAUCAUAAUGAUAACCAUCGUAACCGUAAUUCUUAUUAUAGUAAUAAAAACAGUAACUAUUACUGUGAACAGCACCAAUAUGGUGAUAAUGAUAUGUGUAUUAAUGCCCAACCAGAAUUAUGUAAAUAUGAUUUCCUUUUGAAGGCAUUUGGAGUUAAGUUAAUAGAUGUAGAUAAUGACAAUAAAAUUAUAAAAGUUGAGAUCAUUAUCAAAUUUCAACCAACUGAGGAGAAUAUGGAUUGUUGUUAUUCAUUAUACAAUCAAUUCAUCUUAUUAUCUCAUAACAAUGACGUUAAAAGGCACCAACAUACCAUAACCAACAGAAGAUCCUCUAAUGUUACACAGACCAAUGGAAUGAUGCUGGAUAAAGUAUAUUGGGAAUCAUGCAUCGAAGAUCCAUUAAUUGUUGAGACUACAUUUGGUGUCUUCAGUAAGAUAAAGUGUAUUAGGAUUUAA